UUUUGACGUAAUAGGUCAAAGACCUUUACCUGCGCGUUAUAUCUGAUGAAUGAUCACAGCCAUGCCAUGGAUGACAGAAAUGAUCAGAAUGUGGGAAGUCAUUCUGAGAGUACCCCCACUCUUUAUGAUAGACUCUCUUCUCAAUUACUCAUUUUUCUCCUACUUUCAGUUCCUUCAAUUUGACACGCCGACGACAUGGACCCAGAACAUAGAAUGGCUGCUUCUGUUUUCAUUGUGUUUAUCUGUGGCCCUGGUGAUUUUCCUUCUGGGAACUCGACAGCUCCUCACUGUAUAUAGCCGUAUUCUCUCUGUCAUUGCUGUCUUAGUAGCAUAUUUCAUGAAUGUAGAAUUCACAAGGACUGCAACAAGAUCUGUAGUUGGAUCUGAGUUUCCCAACCCAAAAAACCGAACAAUAGAAUCAAUACCACCAGAGACGAUUGAACAUGGAUUACAAACCAGUAUUCGUUACUUAAUUGGUCAGCUGGCUGCCGCUUUUAUCUUCUGUAAAUCUUGGCAGUUUCACAGAGAUCAUCCACCCGACAGCAAGAAAUAUGUAUGCAGCGUCUUCUUAUCGUUUGUUUUUCCAAUAUUAGUGACUCAAGUGAUGCAAGUGAUAUAUCCAAGUUCAGAGACCCUAAUUUUAUGGUCACAAGUAGUUGGACUGAUCUUACCAUUAAUGAUCCUGUCAACAGAUGUUAUAAACACAGUAUCAUUAUUCUACUUCAAUUUUAGACAUUCAUAUAACUUGAUAAAAUUGACGAUCAGCGCGAUCGGAAUACAAGGUUUUCUAGAAAAUCAUUGGGUUCGUUUGCAAAUUCCCAAGGUGCUAAGACUAUUUUUCACAAGUAGGUUUAUAUUUCAAGUUGGGUACCUAUACUGGACAUCUGCUUACAGGACGAUUCCAAACACACUGAAUGUUAAUUACGUUAAUGCAGAUAUUUUAAACAACAUCAGCUAUCAGGUUGUAGUGCGCAGUUGUGAUAAUAUUGUAGCAUUACUUGGCUUGACUAGUAUUGUGUCCUUUUGUGCUCAUUACAUUGGCAUUUUUAUGGCAUUCUGCAUAGGAACAUCUGAAGAAGAUGACAAAAACAUGGGUACGGUGUCAGCAAUUUUAUUCUUUAUACUUGCCCUGCAAACGGGACUAACAGGAUUAGAACCGGAAAAACGACUAGCAAGACUUUGCAAAAAUUUAUACCUCCUUGGAACUGCUAUUACACAUUUUGUUCACAGCAUGGUACAUCCACUGCUGAUGUCACUCAGUGCAUCUCGUAACAUGCACAUCAAGCGACAUAUGCGAGCUCUGACAAUGUGUGCCUUCCUUAUCACAUUCCCCUCUUGCCUUUUGGUCUACCUCUGGAGUAUUCAUAAGGUCAACACAUGGCUAAUGGCUGUCACAGCAUUCAGCCUGGAAGUUAUCAUCAAAGUUAUCGUAUCUCUCAUGGUUUAUUUCCUAUUUAUGCUGGAUGCAUAUCGAGACAAGUUCUGGGAAUCACUGGAUGAUUAUGUUUACUACAUUCAGUCAACUGGCAACACAAUAGAAUUUUUAUUCGGAAUUUUUCUGUUUUGUAAUGGAGGUUGGAUAUUAUUGUUUGAAUCUGGAGGAACGAUUCGUGCUAUUAUGAUGUGUAUUCAUGCAUAUUUCAACAUCUGGGUCCAAGCAAAAGAAGGUUGGAAGGUUUUCAUGAAGAGGAAAACAGCAGUAGAUAAAAUAAAUUCUCUCCCUUUAGCCAGUCAAGAACAACUCCGUACUCUCAAUGAUGUAUGUGCUAUUUGUUAUCAAGACCUACAAAAUGCUCGUAUCACAUCAUGUAAUCACUAUUUUCAUGGUGUUUGUCUCCGAAAGUGGCUAUAUGUUCAAGAUAAUUGUCCAAUGUGCUAUAAAGUGAUCUACAACUCUAAUGAUGUAAACAGUUCAAGUGUGGAUGGGGAUGAUGCAAAUCAAAACAAUAUUAACAAUGGUUUAAUACAACCGAUGCCUGUCCAACCUGAUCAUCAAGAUUAGCUGAUAUUGGUGAAGGGUGUAAAAAAAAAGAGUAAAAACUGACAAAGUUUAUAGUAAGUAAGGAAACCUGUAAAAACCAGACUUAGUUUAUAGUGAGUCAGGAAACUGUAAUAAACAGACAUAGUUUAAAAAGCAGACAAAAAGUUGA